UGAACAGUCGCGAAGCCUCCCAAUAAAUCGGCGAUUUUUCCCAAAUUUACCUCUCACCUCUCUUCGGCGGGAAAACCUCUAAGAAUUACCGCCACUUUCUUACCCUCAAUAAAUUUACCAAUAAAACCCACAGUUGUCUUUUCAGUUUCCAAAUAUCUUUGGCGAGCCCUAAUGGCAGAAGACAUGAGCAGCAUCAGGUCAAUUCCAACGGAGAUGAUCACCGAGAUCCUUUAUCGUCUUCCGGCCAAAUCCGUUGGUCGUUUCAGGUGCGUUUCAAAAGGUUGGCUGUCUCUACUUACUGAACCCGCAUUCAUAACUACCCAUUAUUCUAAAACCCUAAACCAUAAUCACCUCGUUUUUCAAUCCUGUAAAAAUCGUUCACUUUACUCGCUUUCAUUUGGUUACCAUCAAGAUAAAUUAUCAAACCCGACAAAGAUUCGCCUAAAACCGCCUAAUACUUUUUACGGUUGUUGCAAUGGUCUUGUGUUGGUCUCUGUUUUUAACCGCGAGUUUGGUCAUAAUCUCGUACUUAUUAACCCGACAACAAAAGAAUCCUUGGAUUUGCCAGCGUGUACUCUUGAGGGUAUUUUAAAUAAAAUGAUGGUAAUCCACGUCAUGUAUGGAUUUGGUUAUGAUUCAGUUACUGAUGAUUACAAGGUGAUUGCCCUUAUUUAUUUUUCUAGUUAUGAUAAGGCUAUUCAGGAUAUCCAUUAUGUGUCUGUUUAUAGCCUUAGAAGUAAUAUUUGGAAGCGAUUGUUUGAUUAUCCGUACGAUCAUUGGCAUAAUCAUUGGUAUGACUGGAAAUGUUUGUCGGAUGCAUUUGUUAACGGGUGUUUGCAUUGGGUAGCUAAGAAGGGUCGUGAUUAUCCACCCGUUAUCGUUUCUUUUAGUUUAGCGGAUGAAAAGUUUAGGAAAGUGCCGUUACCCAAUUUAGGUAAAGGUGUUGAUAUCAUGAGUUUCGAUGAUUGUAAGCUUGUUGAUCUUGGUGGAAAACUUGCGGUUUUGCUACAUUGCAAAGGCGAGGUUUGGUUGAUGAAUAAGUACGAGGUUAGAAAAUCUUGGACUAGGAUUUUACUAAAUGGACUCAUGUCACUCAAUGAAUUUCCGAUUAUGGAGCCACUGAUUUUUGAUCACCAUGGCAAGAUUCUGUUUGUAUGCCGUGACCUUAUGUUGAUAUACAACGCUGAAACUGGACGUUUUCGUAAGCUUUUUGUCACUCGUCAGAAUUUGAAGGACUUGGAUGUUAGAGGUAUGUAUGUCGAAAGCCUUGUCUCCCCCGAAAAAUUCAGAACAACCAAUUAGCAAUCAACAGAUCCAGGUGAAGGGACAUGUGAUGGAGUAAUUACGGCUUGGUUUGCAUUUUACAUUUCACUUGUUUUCAGUUCAGUUAGUUUUGAGAUAAUAUGUUUCAUAUUUGUUAAAGAUGAUCGGUAUGGGUUUUAAAUGAACAUGAGACAUAACUUUUCCUACUAAAAAUGUGGUAGUUUUAUUAGAUAUUGAUGGAAUCAGAUUUGAUUGAUAUACUUGUUUUUGGUCAUCAAUAUCAUAUGAGUACAUGUUUUGUGA